AUGAGCCUCCGACGUUCGCUUGCCGCGACGGCGAUAUUCGCGACGGCGAUUUUCGCCUGCCUCCGCGGAUCCAACGGACAGGCGGAUUUCCAGUUCGAAUUCUCCGAGACGAGCUUCACCGUCUCCGUCGGUGGAAUCACGCUGCUGGCUCAUUCGCCGGAGAAUCCGAUCGCCUUCGUCGGGAGGGGCACGUCGUCGUUCGCCGAGAGCCUCGGCAGCUUCCUCGUCGACGACGCCAUCGAGGAGAAGGUCGCCCUCGACGCCUUCGAGGUCGAGGGCGUCGGGGAGACGGUGGAGGUCGCGCUCUUCCGAGCGGGAGAGCCGGGGGGAGUGAGAGUGCAGAUGUCGCUGUCGUCGGGGGAGAGGGACGCGGGGGGGAUGGUGGCUCUCAGGUUUCCGCUGGUCGCGACUCUGGCGACUCUGGGCGGCGACGUCAACAGGUUGUGGGUGAGGUGGCCGGCCGACCCGUCCGAGAAGAUCUUCGGAGGCGGCGAACAAUUCACAUAUUUGAAUCUGAGGGGCCACCGCUUCCCCACCUGGACGCGAGAGGGCGGCAUCGGCCGCGACGACAGCUUCCUCGCGAACGCCGCGAACCUCACCAACCCCGGAUCCGCCGGCGACUACCACACGACCUACUGGCCCCAGGCCUCCUUCCUCUCCACCCGCAAAUACUAUUUCGUCAGCGACUUCCACGGGUAUCAAGUCCCCGACUUCAGCGCCUCCGGGUACCACGAGAUCUACUAUCACGCGACGGAGGCGACCCUGCUGUUCCUCGCCGGCGACACCGCGACCCCCCUCCGGGACCUGGUCCGGGACUUCUGCACCUGGACCAACCGCCCUUUCCAACUCCCCGACUGGAUCUUCAACGGCGCCAUCUUGGGCGUCCAGGGCGGCACAGACCGGAUGCUGGAGAUAUACGAGCAGUGCCGAGCGAACGGAGUGUCCAUCAGCGCCAUCUGGAUCCAGGAUUGGUCGGGGAAGAUCACGACGACCCUCGGCACCAGAGUCUUCUGGAACUGGCGGUGGAAUCAGACUUGGUACCCGGAUCUGGACGUGGUGAUACAGGACCUGUUGCCGGAUGUCCGGAUCACCGGCUACAUCAACCCUUACCUGAACACCGAAGGCGACAUUUUCCAGGAAGCCGCCGGGCUGGGGCAUCUGGUCGUGGAAAGGAACGGGGAGCCGUACGUCCAGGAGCACGGGGGAUUCGCGGCGGGGACGGUCGAUCUCUUCCGUCCGGAGGCUCGGAGGUGGUAUAAAGACUUGAUGAAGGCGAACAUGAUGGACUUGGGUCUGGCGGGUUGGAUGGCGGACUUUGGGGAAUACCUCCCGGUGGAUGCCUUCACGUCCCACGAGGGUGGCGACCCCUACGAGGCACACAAUCUGCUGCCGCUGUACUGGGCCAUCACGAACAGGGAAGCGGUGGAGGAGGAGGGGAAGAUGGAGGAGAUUCUGUUCUGGAUGAGGUCGGGGUCGCCCGGUUCGAGUCUCCACCAGCAGAUGGCGUGGGCGGGGGAUCAGAACGUCAACUGGGAGGAGGCGGAUGGGAUGCCCUCCACCGUCACGGCUGCGCUGAGUCUGGGGCUGAGCGGGAUGGGGCGGACGCACUUCGACGUCGGCGGAUACACGACGUUCGUGAUCGUGCUGGAGAGGAGCAAGGAGCUCCUGCUUCGGUCGGCGGAAUACGCGGCUUUCACGUCGGUCAUGAGGACGCACGAAGGGAAUAUGCCGGCCUCGAACCACCAGGUGUACACCGACGACGACACGAUGGAACAGUUCGCGCGGCUCGUCGACGUCUACGUCGCCCUCGCGCCGUACGCGAAAUCGCUCCUGGCGGAAAACUCGGAAACCGGAUUCCCGAUCCAGCGUCCUCUCUUCCUCGAGUACGAAGGCGACGAGGCGAGCUACGGCGUUCAGUACCAGUACUUGUACGGCCGGGACCUCCUGGUCGCCCCCGUUCUGCAGCCCGAAGUCGUGAGUCGAGGCCUCACCGAUGAAUAA